AUGUCAAAGAGAUUCUAUGCCCUAAAUGGAAUAGAUGAUGUCAACCUCAAACAGGCGUACCUGAAUUCACUUCCAGAACCACUUGGAAAUGAAACGUCAAGGGUAUUGUCUCUCAAGAAUAUGCCUCUCAAUCAAGCUUCACUCGGAGAAAUAUAUCAAAUUUCUCUGGCAGCCCUUGAAAAGCUAUGCAACCACCAGAAGUUUUUCAAACAGCUUCAGGAACAAGGAAAACUUCUAGGAAAAGCAUGUGAUCGGCCGAAACUCAGUAUCAAAUGCAGAGAAAAGAAAUGCCAUUGUUCUACAAGUCAUGGAAAAGAAAAAAGCUACAGAAGCAAGUGGCAGAAGAAUUAUCCAAAGCUAUCUUCGAGAAAGAAAUGGAAAUUCUUCAGAAAGAAAACCCAAAGAGGUUUCAAAAAAUCAGAUAGAUGUUACAUCUGCAAGAAGAAGGGACAUUAUGCGAAACAAUGUCCUAACAAGAAGAAGAGAGACAACCUCCUUGGCUACUUGGCACAAGUUGAAGAUAUUGACGACUCGGAUAUUGAAUCCAUCUUUUCCCUUGAUGAUGAACCAACUGAUGAUACAGUUCUUGCAAUGGGUAUGGAGUUUGAAGAUGAAUCUUCAGAAGAGGAUACUGGAGAUGAAAGCGAUAGAGACGAUCAGUUCAUGUUGUUUGACCUCUACACAACCACAACCACACAAUCAAAUCCAGAUCAAACAACAUGA